UUGGGGAGACGACAGAAAAAAGGGUCGGACGGAUAGCAUAGCAUAGGUAUGUAGGUAGGUGGUAGGCAGAUUUAGAAUGGUGAACAACUGUGUUUGUGCUGGGUGUAAUUACUCCGCCAGAACAGGACACAGGGUCCAUGGCUUUCCGAAGGACAAGGCAACUCGCAGACAGUGGGUACAUUUUGUUCGCGUUAGGCGGGCAGAUUUUUCCUUUCCCUCAGUCACAAAGAACUCCAAGAUCUGCAGCGCGCAUUUCACGGAGGAGGAUUACGACCAAGGGGAUGUCAGGAUGGUAUCUCUCGGGUUGAAGAGGCUGGCACAGCUUGUUCCGACCGCCGUGCCUUCUGUGCACACCCACCUCUCUGCCUGCCCUGCCCCGAGACCGAGAAGCACCAAGAUCGGUGGCGCCAGACGCAAGCGAGAGCUGGCUACGAUGUUGACAGAUGCCUCACUGCGUGAGACCGCGGACAGUGUCAGUGGUGCUACGGUAGAGGACCCCUUGCCCUCCUCCACUUGUGACACUGGGUCACAGUGUACUUUGAAGCCCCUUGGAGGGUCUCACGAUUUUGAAGUGAACCUGAAGCCCAAGAUGGUCAGCAUGGGGACCCAGACGACCUUCAGCACACAAACUUUCCCCCCCCUCACUAGUCCUGACCAAACGGAUGGAGAAGAUAAUCACUCUGUCAUCAGUGAUACAUCAUGGGUACCAGGAGACCAAAUGUCUGAGGAGGUGUUGUGUGAGGAGCCAUCUCUAACUUGUGACCCCCACCAAAAUGGUAUCGACAAAUUCAUUGUUUGCCAAGAGGAGCUCAUGGCCCGGUUUGCCAUCUGUCCGGUCUGUUCUGAGAAGUCAGAUAGUACAAUCGGGCAGCAGGAAGGAGCAUUUGUUAGAAUGGAGCAAGUAGGGUUUUGUUUACACAGCAGGCCAUAUCUAAUUAGAAAAUCAGAACAUCUUAUUGAAACCGAAUAGCCCUGAAUGCCUGCUCACAAGUGAUCAGUGCAUCCUCCAAUCCACAUUAGUUGCUAUAACAGUCUAAUAUCUUGUGGAUUUAUAUUGGCUAGCUUGGUUGGUGAUUUUUCAAAUUUGUCUUUCCAGUUAAUUUACAAUGUAUGUACCAGGCUUGCUUUAAUCUGUGGGUUUAAGAUGCCAUCAUAUUUGAGUGUUAUACACUACUAGUCAUGUGUGUUUUAUAAAUAUCUAGGUCUGUGCAUGUGGCUACCAGCGUUUCUGGCAAAACCAGCCGAUCCUACACAGGAAUAUGCCAAUUAAAUACUUAAUUUUA